UCUUCGCCCUCGUAAUAUUUUAUUGGAAAUCAUUUUACAUCUAUGGACUUAUUCUCAUUGUCAAAUCUCACCUAUCACCACCACCACCUCCACCACCUCCACCUCCUUCUUCCUGCUCCCCCCAAUGUCUCGAUCGCUCCGAUUUCUGUCAUUCUUUUUGCUUGCCUUUCUCACUUUCGUCUUCUCUGUUUCUGCCCACGGUGGCCACGACAAUGACGGCGAAUCUGCUGACGGCAAGCUCAAUGUUCGGUCCAGAACUUUAAUUCUCGCUAAAAUUUGGUGCAUGAUCAUUGUGUUUGUUUUGACUUUUUUUGCGGGAGUUUCGCCCUAUGUGUUGAAAUGGAACGAGGGGUUCUUGGUUUUGGGAACCCAGUUUGCUGGGGGUGUGUUUCUGGGUACUGCUAUGAUGCAUUUCCUCAGCGAUGCCCACAAGACGUUCGAGGAUUUGACUGAGAAGGAGUAUCCCUUUGCCUUUAUGCUGGCUUGUUCGGGUUAUUUAGUUACCAUGUUCGCUGAUUGUGUUAUCUCCACAGUCUUUGCCAGGCAGAAUAAGAGGUCUAGUUCUGGAGCUGAUGUCGAUCUUCAAGAUGAUGAAACGUCCAAAGGAAGUGGCAAUGUUGUAGCCUCACAAUCACAAUACAAGGUCCAUGCUGGCGCCAAUCACCACUUUGCCAAUCAUGUUGCAUCUGCCAGUUCACUUGGAGAUACCAUCUUGUUGAUCCUGGCCUUAUGUUUUCAUUCUCUGUUUGAGGGUAUAGCAAUUGGAGUUGCAAAGAAAAAAGAGGAUGCUUGGAGAGCUUUAUGGACAAUAUCUUUGCACAAGAUAUUUGCAGCCAUUGCCAUGGGCAUUGCUCUUCUUAGAAUGAUUCCAAAUCGUCCCCUCUUAUCAUGCGCAAUCUAUUCCUUUGCUUUUGCCAUGUCCAGUCCAUUUGGUGCGGCCAUUGGAAUCAUUAUAGACUCCACAACACAGGGUCCUCUGGCAGAUUGGAUCUUUGCUAUAUCAAUGAGUCUUGCUUGUGGAGUUUUUAUCUAUGUAUCUAUAAAUCAUCUAUUGUCAAAAGGAUAUGUACCCCGGAAACAAGUUCAAGUUGACACAGCCUAUUUCAAGUUUCUUGCAGUGUUGUUGGGCGUUGGAAUCAUAGCAGUUGUGAUGAUUUGGGACACCUAAACUCUCUUUGAAGCAAGAUGCACGCCUUGGUUCUGAGAUAAAUAAAUCAAAUCUGGUAUGCCGUGAAUUUCUAGUAUCUCUUUUCUUUUUUGCUUGAUAUGGUAUAUUAUUAGGCUUGUAACUUUGUAAUGUAAACUUGCAUUUUUAUUAGAAGUAUCUAAUAAGUGUAAGGUUGAUCACUUCUGAAA